AUGGAGGGGAGCGGAUCCCUCUCGGUUCCCUGCGGGGCUGGUGACCAGGAGAGCAGCGCUGGCCAGGCUGGGAGCAAGCCCACCUCCGCCUCCAGAGAUGUUCACGUGGGGGUCAUCUUCUCCUCCUCAGCGAUUUUAGACUUGAGUCAAAGUGGUCUUCACCAUUUUGAGGAGAUCUUUAAAGUCCCCAACCUCAGAGUAAUCGCACCUCCACGGAAUGCCCUGUGCGCGAUCCCUGAAGACCUCUUCCAGACGCUGCCCAGCCUCUUGUGGCUGGGCCUGCGCUUCAACAGGGUCACCGCCCUGCCCUCUGGGACUGGCCGUCACGAGCAUUUGAAAACUUUGCUAUUAGAAAGAAAUCCCAUCAGAAUGUUACCCGUGGAGCUGGGGAGCGUGACCACCCUGAAGGCCCUGAGCCUGCGGCACUGCCCCCUGGAGUUCCCGCCGCAGCUCGUGGUGCAGAGGGGGCUGGUGGCCAUCCUGACUUUCCUGCAGAUCUGCGCGGCCGAGCGCGCGGUGCCCCGAGACGGCUCCCCUCGAGUUAAAAAGAUGACCGCGAGGGAUCUGCCACAGCCCCUGUUGGACUUAUCCGAAGAGCACAUGCCUAACAAAGAAGCCAUUCGUUCUCAGGAGCCAAAGGGAAGCAUGGUAACAGAGAAGGCAGACUCUUUCCCACCUGUGGAAGCACUAGGCCUGCUCGGGCCCGGGAGUUCCUCCGAGACCCCGGAGGACUGGCCGAGCGAGGAGGAGAUCCGGCGGUUCUGGACGCUGCGGCAGGAGAUCGUGGAGAGUGAGCGGGCGGGGGCCCUGGGGAACCAGCUCCUGCCGGUGGAGCUGCCCCCCAACCUCAGGGCCGCGCUGGGCUGCAAGGGGAAGCCGCUCCCCCGCCCGAGGCCCCGCUUCAGGAUGAAGGUGCCCUCUUUCCAAGGCGUCCUGCCCGAGCUGGACUCCGCCCGGCAGGCCCUGGUCCGCGCCAGCCAGCUGGGGGAGAGCAGGGGCCUGGCCCUCCGGGAGCUGCGGGAGAGGCAGGCUCAGGAGCAGAGCCGGAGAGACAAGCGAGUGCUGCAGGAGUGGAGGGAGCGUGCCCAGAUGAGGAGAAGGCCGGAGGAACCCGGGAGCCUGCCGGCGCCACCCCCGCGGAGGAACCCGGGGGCAGCAAAGAUGGCCCUUGCUACGGACCUGAGAGAGAAAGGGAAAAUACCGAAGAAUUUGCCUGGAAAAGUGAAACAAAGCAAAGAAGAACCGCUGCAAGCAUGUCAGGAAAUGAGUGGCCUCCGAGGGCAGGUUCUGGCGGAGGCGCUGAAGCCGCAGGCCCAGCGGCUGCACGCGCGGAGGGGCAGGUUCCGGGGGCUGGCGCCCCUCGCGGGCGUCGGGAGGGCCGCCCGAGACGUGGAGAUGGCCCGGAGGCUGCAUGAUGAAGUCCUGAAGCUGAAACUGAGGUCGGCCUUGAACAGAAACCACCAGUGCGCUGCUCUGCCCGGGAGCCUGUCGCUCGGGCCGGCUGCGUCCCAGCCUCAGAAUAUAUUUUUUAACCCAAAGUAUUAA